AUGCUUGACGUGGAGGAUGCUGUUUCUGGACCCUCUAGAAAGAGACGUGCUUCGAAUGUCAAAAGGAAGAGGUCUUCACUAGAUGAUGUAGCCGUUUCUGUGGCGGACCAGGACCGCAAGCCUACCUCGACUUCUCCACGGAAGAAGGCUAAGCCGGUCCCUCAAUCGCUAGAGGUUCCUCAUCCCGCUCCCGCCAACUGGGAGGAAACAUACAAUACCAUACGACAAAUGCGCGCAAAGAUCACAGCACCAGUAGAUACGAUGGGAUGUGAACGCGCACAAGACGAAGAGAAGGACGCGAAGAGUCAACGGUUUUCGACACUCGUAUCGUUGAUGCUUUCCUCGCAAACCAAGGACGAAGUCACCGAUGCCGCCGUUAAGAAACUGCGCGCGGCUCUUGGCGGGAGCAUCACGAUUGACGCAGUCAUAGGCGCUGCCGAGGACCUCGUAUCCGACGCGAUCAACAAGGUCGGCUUCUGGAGGCGAAAGACCACAUAUAUCAAGAAAGCUGCUCAAAUGCUUAAGGACGAGUUCAAUGGGGAUGUGCCCAAGACCGUUGACGAGUUGUGUUCACUGCCAGGCGUCGGGCCGAAAAUGGCGUUCCUCGCCCUGCAAGUGGCGUGGAAACUGAACUCCGGUAUAGGGGUAGACGUUCAUGUGCAUCGCAUCACGAAUAGACUUGGAUGGCACAAACCGCCAACUAAGAAUCCCGAAGAGACGAGCAGGCUCAAUCUACAGUCAUGGCUGCCCAAGGAGCUACACCCAGAGAUCAAUCAUAUGCUUGUAGGGUUCGGUCAGACGGUGUGCCUACCGAUCGGUCCUCGCUGCGAUCUGUGCGAGUUACCCGGGAAGAAUCUCUGUCCGAGCGCACGGAAGGUCGUGAAUGUGAAAAUGAGGAAAGUACUUGCGAUGAAAUCAGAUCUCGACAGCGCGACUCCUCAGGUGACAAUAGCGGUGGAAGAGGACACUGUCGCACCAUCACCGAUCGCGUGCAAGGAGGAUCCUGACGAACCUCAGGGACGGGCGCGCUAG